UCAUUUUCGGCAGUUGGCUCACUCGUGUAGAGCUUCUCGCUUUUGUAACUCGCAAUGAUCGUCUUAAAUAUAACACAUUUCUUUUUAGCGUUUUAAUUAAAUUUUGUUCGUGUAAAUUUAAUAAAAUUUAUAUUAAUUUGUUUAUAAUUUUCCUUUUUGUUUUUUUUUCGUAUUUUUCAUCGCGUGUAAACAAACAGAAUAUGAGCAUCAGUGAUGAGAGCUUUCCCGAUGAUGAUCUCUACACAACCAAGAUCGAUUGCAAAUACAACACUUCAUCGUGCCUAUCUUCGUCGACACCAAACGAUCGCCAUACUUCAGCAUCAACUUCGGGACAAUCUUCGUCCGGUCACAGCCGGGAGACCACUCAGAGUGAUCCUGUGAAGGCUACCGAUAACCGAGAGGAGGAGGAGGAUUACACACACAAGGUGCGAUCUUAUCAAGACCUGCAUUCGGUCUACACCAAACGUAGGUUUCCACAUGUCAAGAGCAAAGUACGUGAGUUUAUCGAGAGCCAGAGAGCAGAAGAGGAGCAGCGGAAGUCCACAAGAGAAUACCUUCGUCGUUUGGCUGACUCCGAGAUCAAAGACGUCACCAAUAACGAAUUGGAUUGCGAAGUUGGAAACCCUGAGCAACCUGAAGACGGCCCCUCUGAUGACAUUACCAGGUUCAUGGUCGAAAAGGAGCGGGAGUCGUUGUGUCAGAAAGCGCUCAUAGAAUCCUUGCAGGAAAGUCUCAAAGAGAAGAGGAUUGAGGCAACAAGAUUGCGAAAAAAUAUGGACUGCCUCCGCGUCGAGCUGAUGAAUGCCAAGGACAAGGUAAAACGCCAUUCCUUGCAAGGCGUCGGCAUGGAAUAUCGCGCCAGCCAGUCGCGCCCUCGACUGUCACUUCCAACUUUGGUCUACAUGCAGCAGCGGACCACGACCGCAACUCAAACCGAUUUCGACGAAGAAGACGCCCUCCAAACAACCGAUGACAACAACAACAGUAUCGUGCUUUACGAUCAAAAAAUCGUGGCAACUGUCCACCCCCUGUCCCUGAUGAAUUACUCGACGGACCAUUUGCGUCAUAUUCAGCGCCAAAUUCGCCAUCGAAGCAAUUCAAAUCCUCCUACACCCACUGCAGAACACUCACCGCCCAAUCGACCGGAGAGCGUGCCCAGUGAUUCGGCCAUAGACACCGAGGAGGGUGACUCCUCAUCGGAGAGCGUUCUGCGCGAGCAAUUCAUGCUCUUCGAAAAGACCCUCUCCAAUGAUACCACAAACUUUAGCCAGUCCAUUCAGACGAAGAAGAAGCGUUCUUUCAGACGUAAAUUUAAAUGGAUCUUUGGACCGUGCGGAAAGUGCAGUGAUAAUCAGAGGAACAAUGGCAGCAUCGGGGAGCAAUACAGUCAAACCCCAUUAUUGGACUCGAUGACGUUUGAACAUAAAUUACGCAUCGCAGAUAACAAUUCGCCAUAAAUUUACGUUAAAUAUUUAGCGUUUUUAUUUAUUUAUUUUUCUUUUGUAAGUUAGUCUCAUUUUGUUUGCUUUUGUAAGUUUACUCUAUUUAUUUAUUUUCUGGUUUGAGUCUUAAACACGAGUUAAUGUUAAGUUUAAUUUAAAUUUAAU